AUGGAUUGCGUAGAUUGUUUAUGUUUAAAUGGUGAAAUCCAUAAUUAUAUUUUCCGGUUUCUGACAAAUUCUCCGCUUUGUGUUGUAGUAAGCAGUCCAAACUGCACGAUAUUUUGGCUAGAGGUUAUGUGCUUAUCAGGAAUAUCACUAUUACUGGCACAGAUAGACAUGAAUGAAUGGAGAGAUGCGAAUGCCAUACUUUUACUGAAUAUGUUUAUCGGAGAGGGUCUCUUCUAUUGCAAAUUCUCCGCUUUGUGUUGUAGUAAGCAGUCCACACUGCACGAUAUUUUCGCUAGAGGUUAUGCGCUUAUCAAGAAUGUCAUCAUUACUGGCACAGAUAAACAUGAACGAAUGGGAAGAUGCAAAUCUCAUACUUUUACUGAAUGUGUUUAUCGGAGAGGUUUGUAUCUGGAGAAGACACUCCUUCAUCAAUAUUCUGACAUUUACCGUUACAGCUCCAUUCUAUGCGUUACAGUUAUUUUGAUUUGGGAAGUUUGGCCUGUUAUUCUUUCAAUUGACUACAAUUUUGCUGCCUCUACUGGAAUAUCAGUUCAACUGUUUUGUAGAUGCCUCAAUGUUCUUUUGAUGUGCAGUAAAUUGGCAGAUUUAUUUGUGAUUACUCGUUAG